AUGGUACGUACCCUCUCGUGCGUGCCCAUCGAGACAGCCAGCGACAACAAGGAUACACCGAUCAUCCCCGUCCGCUGCUUCUCGUGCGGCAAGGUUGUCGGCAACCUCUGGGAGUCGUAUCUCGAGCUCCUCGCCGCGGGUGUGGAUGAGGGUGACGCGCUCGACAAGCUCCAGCUCAAGCGCUACUGCUGCCGCCGUAUGGUCCUCACCCACGUCGACCUCAUUGAGAAGCUCCUUCUCUACAACCCCCUGGACCGCGACCGCAGGUAG